AAAGCAGCUGUUUCCUGUGUGAGUCUGACAGGAAGGCUUGUUCUAUGAACUCACUCAAACUGAUGGUGACUCAGUUCACUUCACUUACGAGUGUUGAUGCUUCAGUGUUGAAACGCAGCAGCAGCAGAGACUGAAGCUUCCAUCCAUUAAAACUGGAGUCUGGAUCCUGAAGACUGAGAGCGAUGAGCCGAGCACAAAGCUACAAAGAAGGUGAAGCUGCUGCCUCCCAACAAGCAGAGUCCAACACGGGGUCAAAGGUCAGAUCAGAGAGAGUGGCCCUGCUGCUUCUCAGUGCUCUGCUGGCAGCUGCUGCCGUUGUUAUUUACCGUCUCUCUUUUGCACAUUUUCAAACCAAUAAAAAUCUGCAAAUGUUGAAGGAUGAAAAUGAAGCAAUGAGGAAAAAUCUGACAAUGUUGAAGGAUGAAAAUGAAGCAAUGAGGAAAAAUCUGACAGAGAAACUGUCUGAAUUAAGCUCCUGCACCUCAGAACAGCUGAUCAGACCCAAACCUGCUGAAGCCAAAACCACUGAAUCGUGUCCAACGUGUGAACUAGACUGGGAUCUAAAUGGAGGAAAAUGUUAUUAUUUCUCCACCAAUUAUUUGACCUGGGACCAGAGCAGAAGUGUCUGUAAAGGUCAAGGAGCAGAUCUGGUCCAGAUAAACAGUGAAGAGGAGCAGAGGUUCCUGGACAACAAAGUGGGAAGAAAAAUGACUUAUUUUCUCGACUGGUUCUGGAUCGGACUGACAGACUCAAAGGAAGCAGGCAGAUGGUUGUGGGUGGACGACUCACCUCUGAACACAAGUUUGUCUUUUUGGUACAAAAAUGAACCAAACAACUUGACUGGAGAAAAUCCUGCUGGAGAGCACUGUGCUAGUAUGGGAGCACAAGGAGGAGCUACAGACCUGAAGUCUUGGUUUGACAGAUCCUGUAAUGUAGCUCAAAGAAGAAUCUGUGAGAAAGCAGCUAAAACUGGAUGACUCACGUGUGUUUGAAUCCAAUCAAAGUCCUCAGGUCAAAACAAACAAAGUGUGAAGUUUGAUGUUUAAAUAUUUUACAUUUUUAACACGUCUUCAGGCAGAUCUCUGCUCUAAAUUGAAAUGAUUAAAAGUGCUUUUGUUUUAUUAAAACAUCAUCAUCCCGAA